AAAACCGUCUAACUUUGUUUUUCCUCUUCAUAAAGCUUAUGCUUCAUGAAGCUCAGCUUCACUCUUGGAUCCGACCGACCUAAGAAGGCAAGCUCUUGAAAACGCUGCUGGGAACAAAGAGAUAUUGCAUUGGAGCCUAAAUAUUCAUUCUUUGAUGGGUGAAAAUCGAGUCAUUCGGGAUUUCAGGUUUCAACUGAAGUGUGCUUCUGAGAGAUUGGACAUCUAUGAUCGGAUAAGUCGCCUUCCUGAUGACAUUCUAGGUGUGAUAUUGUCUUCUCUUCCGCUGAAGGAAGCUGGGCGCACGAGUGUUCUUUCAUCUCGUUGGAAGAACUUGUGGAAACAAACCUCGCGCCUCAAUUUUGAUGCAAGCAAUGCAUUAGACAGGAUUGCUCGAGAUCGCAAGCUACGCUGUGAGGAGAGGCGCAAGUACGUAAGAUGGGUGAACUCAGUCCUUAAAUCUGCACCACACAAAGGGACGCUCACCUUGGAACACUUCAGGAUCUGUUUUGAUGUAGGAAAAGCAUUCUCUGGGAGUCUGGGACCAUUACAAAGUGGCUUAAGUUUGCUUUUAAGAGACGGGUUGAGAGGUUGGAGUUGAACCUUCUGGAAUAUGGUGAUGACGAAUCAGAGAAACGGUAUGCCUUCCCUGAAGACAUCUUGUUCCGAAACAACAUUGACAUCCCUCACCAAACUACUACAUUUUUCAACUUCAAUUCCCUGAAAGCGCUGUGUUUGAAGAAUGUUUCGAUCAGUGAUGAAGCUAUUGAGUUUUUCUUACGCAACUGCCCAUCACUGGAGCAAUUAGAUCUUCAAGACAUAGAUCAAUUAUCAAAUCUUGAAGUUUGUGGUCCAUCUCUCGUGCUAAAAAGCCUGUAUGCAAGGUAUUGCUUUGAUUUGGUAUCCAUUAAGAUAUCCGCACCAAAGCUUACUUCACUUGCAGUUUGGACAACAAAAGGACUUGUUCUUGAGAAUGUGCCAAUGCUGGUCGAUUUAGACAUUAUCUGUCAGAACGUUCACAUGCCAUUGUUAGUUCCUGCACUAUCUUGCUGCUUUUCCCAAUUGGAGAUUCUUACCCUGCGGCUGCCGAUCCAUGGGGCAGAUCAAAUUGCGCAGUUCAACUUCCCUGAGAUGCUUCAGUUGAAGAAGCUAGUUGUAGGUUUUUGUGCAAACCAUGAUGAAAGUCUUCUCGGGCUAAUGACAUUCAUUAGGAUAUCUCCCAACCUAGAAGAGUUUGUGUUAAUGAUUACCUGGGGCGGGAGAUCGUCAUGGGCUAGCAGAGAAGUGAAUAAGGGGACACCAUUCCCACACCAACACCUUAAGGUGUUCCAGUAUUUAGGCUAUUACGGCCGCUGCAGUGAUAUGGAAGUAGUGAUGUUCAUUUUGGAAAAUUGUGUUGGGCUUCAACAAAUCAUUAUUGAUCCGUCCGUGCCGCUAGCUUAUUUGCAUGCACCACCAGAUCUUGGUGAGUUGGAACAGGACGAAGCUGGCAGAAGUUAUGCAAAGCAACAGCUGGAACCAAUAAUCCCUCCCCACAUUUCAUUUGCUAUCCGAUAGAGUCGAUGGUAUGGACGUCCUUGCUGUGAAGCAAGCUUGAAAAUUUGCCAAGGAGCAUGCUCUGAAGAAUGGACCACUUAUUCUUGAAUUGGACAGUGGACACCUAUAGGUAUCAUGGGCACUCCAUGUCUGAUCCUGGAAGCACAUAUCGCACACGUGAUGAGAUCAGUGGAGUGAAACAGGAGCGUGGUCCAAUUGAAAGAGUCCGAAAACUUAUACUAGCUGAGUAGCUGAUGAUAUUUCCACUGAAAAGGAGCUAAAGGACAUUGAGAAGGGAGUCAGGAAAGAAGUAGAUGAAGCCAUAGCUAAAGCUAAAGUUAGAAUCAUAUGCAAUGCACAAUGCUCCAUCUGUAAAAAAACGUUUGAAGCCAUAGCCAUUGAUCUGUACUGUGUCACGAUUUCCACCGGUGAGUAGCUCCACACCUCCGGCCUUGCGAGCUCAGGAAGUCCCUGUCCUAUCUCCCUGGUUUCACAUCUGAUUUCUCAAUUGAUAUGGGAGAGUUUUGUCUGGAGAAACGACCGACCAACAGAGCAUAUCUUCAAGGAUAUGAUGGAAGACGCAUAAGCAAGUCCAACAAUCAGAAACGAAUGUGAUUAAAAACAUUGAGAAGAGAUCCCUUAUCCCACACAUGGUUUAUCUGUCAAUGUGUUGCAAUAUUAGUGAAGGAAAGUACUGAAAGCAAUUGCUCACCCUUUGAUCCCAAACCCUCAUCAGAAUUAAAGCAUUAAGCAUUCGCUUGAUCAGUAUGCCAAUGCCUUGGGGUUUUCAGUCCUAGAUGCUUUGUAGCUGGCAUUUGGAGUACUGAGUGGCCGCAAGCAAUUAGAGGAUAUAAAAAUGGCUCUUAGGGACAUUUGGGAGUGGCAUCAUCUUCUCAAAUAGUCUCUUAGAUCCAUGUAGUGGUGGCAGAGUCCUAGAGAACAUAUCAUAAAGUAUUGUUGCUCUUGUUAUUGAAAAAGGCGGAGUUCUCAUCUGCAGUGAAGUACUCCUCCGUGAAUCAAUCUCCAUUGCGGAUUCCCCUAUGCUAUUAUGUUGAUGGCAAGAAUAGGUGGUUAUGCUUCUUUCAAUUGGCUGGUUCAUAGUAGCAAUGUGAAAUGGUGACCUUGAUAGCACAUGAAUUCUGAAUUUUUGCUGGCAUUGUUAAGGUUGAGGGAACAAUGGAAUCCUUCAAGGAGAUUUUGUCAAAGGAAUCGUCAUCUCCAACCGUCUAUGAACCUACUCUUGGAGUGCCUAUAAAUGAACAAUCCUCCACAAAAAAUCAAAGCCGUGAAUGGAAAUUUCACGAUUGGGAAUGAAAAAUUAUUCUUGAAAAUUGAAGAGCUAAACCUUUUCUAAAAUCCCCCAUAGCUGGCGAUUGAACAACUUAUUCAUAACUGGUGAACGGAAAUUUCCAGAUCUGGCUUAUUAUUUUCAGCAUGGGAAGGAAAACAGGGAACGACAUCAAGAACAACAAUACUAGGUAGACAACCCGUAAGAGUUUAGAUUCUGCCAACAUACUGAGAAAAACUACUACACCAGUACAUAAAACAACCUGUAAAACUGUUGAUUCUUUUAGUUUCAGGUUGCAUAAAGAAAGAGUUUCACCAGGUUGCAUAAAGAAAGAGUUUCACCAGGUUGCAUAAAGAAAGAGUUUCACCAAACCUAGGCCAGAAGAAAACCUAGGUUUCUAGCCUUUCUCCUUGCCAUCUUGCUCUUGGAUUUAAUUCUUCCACUAUAGUUGAAUUUUCUCCUCAAACGCUCCACCAGGUCGACCUCUGAGGAUGGGGUCAUCCUCGACAGUGAUGUACCGGAGAGCAACUAGAGCCCUCGCAGAACGUUGAACACUCUCCAGCAACUCCAUGUAAGCUUCUUUUGCAUAGGUAUGACGCCGCUGCUUUUGCUUGCGACUAGGAGGUGCAACCUUCUCCAAAGCAGCUUUUGCGCUAUUCCACUCCACCUUAGCAGCCUUUUUUUGGGAUAUCAGUGCCCCAAACUCUAGCAGAAGCUUAUGAGAGGGACAAGCCACACCUGCAGGAAAAUCAACACCAGUUGAUGAAACUGAGUUCUUAUAUAUACUAUUAUUCUUAAGAUAAAACUAAGCAAAAAAAAGAGGCUUUUAAGAUGUUUGUACACACUGCAACACAUAUUUAAAGAAAAUAAACACAUUGGAACACAGAUUAAGAAACUAAGCCUGAAAAACACUUUUAACAAGUGAUGCCCAAAUGGGGGAUGUGUUUCCCUUUUCUUAUUGCAGCUUCAUAUUGAUCACAUUGAUUUAUUAUUAAAAAAAUAACACGUAUUUGGUAAAGCUAUCAACAAAUUUUAGAAAUAACCAGUCAAAUGAAUUUACUCAAAUCCAUAUGUAUGUAUAUAUACAUAUAUACACGAAUUUGAGUAAAUUCAUAUGUCUGGUUAUUUCUAGAAUUUGUUGAUAGCUUUAACAAAUAUGUAUUAUUUUUUGAAAAUUAAAUCAAUGGGAUCAAUGAAGCUGCAAUAAGAAAAGGGAAACACAUCCCCGAUUUGGGCAUUAAAAGUAUUUUUCAGGCUUAGUUUCUUAAUCUAUGUUCCAAUGUGUUCAUUUUCUUUAAAUAUGUGUUGCAGUGUGUACAAACAUCUUAAAAGCUUCUUCUUUUUGCUUAGUUUUAUCUUAAGAACUCAGUUUCAUCAACCGGGCUUGAUUUUCCUGCAGGUGUGGCUUGUCCUCAUAAGCUUCUGCUAGAGUUUGGGGCGCUGAUAUCCCAAAAAAAGGCUGCUAAGGUGGAGUGGAAUAACGCAAAAGCCGCUUUGGAGAAGGCUGCACCUCCUGGCCGCAAGGAAAAGCAGCGGCGUCAUACCUAUGCAAAAGAAGCUUACAUGGAGUUGCUAGAGAGUGUUCAACGUUCUGCUAGGGCUCUGGUUGCUCUCCGGUACAUCACUGUCGAGGAUGAACCAGAGGUCGGCCUGGUGGAGCGUUUGGGGACAAAAUUCAACUAUCGUGGAAGAAUUAAAUCCAAGAGCCAGAAGGCAAGGAACAAGGCCAAAAGCCUAGGUUUUCUUGUAGUGUAAUUGCAACCUGGUGAAACUCUUUCUUUAUGCAACGUGGUGAAACUCUUUCUUUAUGCAACCUGGUGAAACUCUUUCUUUAUGAACGUGGUGAAACUCUUUCUUUAUGCAACCUGAAACUAAAAGAAUCAACAGUUUUACGGGUUGUUUUAUGUACCGGUGUAGUAGUUUUUCUCAAUAUGUUGUCAGAAUCUAAACUCUUACGAGUUGUCUACCUAGUAUUGUUGUUCUUGAUGCCGUUCCCUUUUUUUGGGGGGGGGGGACAUUUACCUUUUUUAUUAAACCAAAAGUGAAUGUUACAUCAAACAAAGAGUAAAUGGAAAUACAUUGGAGAAAAAAAGACGGGCAAAGGAGAGAAAGACAACUUAAAUCCAACGUGGUGGGCCAAAAACGUUCAAAUCCCAGAGAAUAUCCCUUCGAACAUAAUACUUCCAAGUGUCAUUUAUCAUUCCAAGCACGUUUAGGGUUCCAGAGAGGUCCAAUUUAGAGAGGUAGUCGUCGAUUCAUUUGAGUCUUCCGAGCUUCCUCUAGCAGAGUAACCAAAAUCAACCGGUGUCUCUAAAGAAGGACGCCCCAUUUUUAUCAUCAAAGUACGAUUUUCUUGCUCUAGUAGGUAGUUGGUUGAUGCUGAAGGAUUCCAUCGCAUUGAGACGAAGGCCGUACAAAGCAAGAUGAUGGGCACAUGUGUUCGUCUCUCUUGGUCUGUAAAUGAAAGAAAGCGAGUUUGCCAUCUUCAAGUCAUGGAUUCUCUUCACCAUCGAACUGAGAAAACCUGCAUGCAGUGGGCUUGAAGCGGCAAGAGGGAAAGCAAUGGCCUCUUUGAAUAUCCCAUAAGGUUGUCGUAGAAUGGCCCCACCUGCACUUUUUUUAUGAAGGAAAGAUGCGUCUGUGUUGAGGGAUUGAAGUCUUGCCUCAAAAAUGCUUAUGAUUUUCUGACAGUGUAUUAUCCUUGUGGUGCCACGGUGUAUAACUGCCCCGAGAUUGAUGACUUGGCCAGUGGCUUGCGAAUAGGUGGUCAUGAAGUCCUGGAGACGACUCAGAGAUUUGGCACUUCCAUUCAAGAAAAUGACCAAGUCGUCCACAUAGCCAAGGCAACAAAUCGGGCUCGGUUUACCUGCUAUCCGAUAGGGUCUGAUAUAGGAAGUAUUGAUGAGAUAAUGUAACCCUCUUGUAAAACUCUCAAUAACUAAAAGGAAAAGAUAAGGAGAUAGGGGAUCUCCCUGCUUGACCCCCCUCUGUGGCUGAAAGUAGCCAUGGGAUUGACCUUGAUUUAGGAUGGAAAUGUGGUUGGAGGUUAAGUUGGAUAUGAUGAGAAGUGUGAUUUUCUGGUCAAAUCCAAGCUUAAUAAGGGUUGCCUCCAAAAAUUUCCAGGAGACCCUAUCGAAGGCCUGAGCAAGGUCAAGCUUGAUUGCCAUAUUCCCACCUCUGGUCUUUGCAUCUAGAUGGUGAAGUACCUCUGUAGCCAGUAGGAUGUGCCUAUGGAUAUAUUCCCCUUCCAUGAACCCAAUUUGAUCCUUGGUGAUCAUUUUGUGGAGUAGAGGUUUUAAUUUUUAACCUCGUGGCUAUGAUUUUCGUCCAAAUUUUGUUCAAAAUUUUGUUCACAAAAUUUUUCAGACUUAUAGGCCUGAAUUGGGAAAUUUUUUUGGGGUUGGGAACUUUUGGGAUUAGAGUAAUGAGGGAGGAGGUGAGGGCUUUGGGCAUCUUCACUCCUAGGAAAAAUUCUUGAACAGCUGAAUUAAGUUCUCCUUUUACAAUUUCCCAGCAACUCUUGUAAAAUGCACCACUGAACCCGUCAGGUCUGGGACAACUGUUUUGGUCCAGUGACCAGACCGUGUCUUUAAUCUCCUCGUCAAGUGGUACGGCUUGUAGAAAGGCGUUAUCCUCCCGGGUAAUAGCCGGGGACAGAUAAUCCAGCAUGUAGUUCAUUUCCUAGCUUUGGAUAGGAGUGGAAGUGUAUAGAUUCUGAAACUGAUUAACAGCUGCCCCGGCUAUUAAGUCCAUACCUUCAAUUAGGUUAUCUUCAUCGUCCUCUAUAGAUAGGAAGGUAGAAAUCCUCCUUUUUUGCUUAACAUAAUUGUGGUAGAAUUGUGUAUUUGCGUCCCCCUCUGCCAGCCAUUUUAUGUUUGCCUUUUGUUUCCAGAACAAUUUUUCUUGUUUAAGCGUCUGAAGGAGUUGGGCCUGAGUUUUGGAUCAAAGGCUUCUUGUUUCAGGGCGUGGGUUAGAAAUAUAAGAGUCCUCCACCAAUUGGGCCUCCUGUUCGGCCUUUUUUAUAUUUUCAAAGAUGUCACCAAAUGUGUUGGUGUUCCAUUCCCUCAAGGCCUUUUUGGUAACCUGGAGUUUGUCAUAUAGGCCCUGCAUACCCCUCCCUGUCGGUACUUAGCUCCAAGAUUUAGAGACCACGUCUAAGGAUUAGAGGGGAGUGGUCAGAGGGUGUUCUCGGCAGAUGUCUUUCAAUAAUCAGUCGAAGAGGUUAAAAAACUGAGGAUUAGCUAAAAAUUUGUCCAAUCUCCUCCAGAGGCGUCCCCUAGAUCUAACACCAGUCCAUAUUUCGACCUAGAGAAAUCAAUUUGCAAUAGUUCUCAAUAAUCAUUGCAUUCUGUAAAAUCUGAAAUUUUAGAUAGUUUAGGUAAGGAUUUACCUAUAUGCUCAUUGAUUGAUGCCAUCACGUUAAAAUCACCUCCAAUUAACCAUGGUUCGUCAUUAGAGUCCUUCCAGUUCCGUAGUUCUGUCCACAGGAGUUGUCUUUCUAUUUUGGAGUGUUUACCAUAGACCGAAGAUAACCAGAAAGCCUUACCAUUAGACCGAUCCAAAAUCUCGGAAUGGAUAAACUGAUCAUACUCAGUGAUAUUGUUGACCGAAAAAUAAUUGUCAUUCCAAAGUAACCAAAUUUUAUUGUCUCCUUUGGUAAAAACAUGAGUAGAACCUAUAAGAUUCUUGUAAUAUUCAGCUUUUUCAAAAGACACCAGAGGUUCAUUAAUUGAGAAAAAAUUAAUCUUCCAUUGGAGUAGAAUUUUGCGUAAUCUUUCACAAGAGGAUGAAAGACCACAUAAAUUCCAAUUCAACAGAAUCAUUAAAAGGUUGGAUGAAGCCCCUUGGCUUCUUUGAAUUUUUGGGAUCUAGUAGAGAUAGAGGGGUGUUUAGGAUCAUAUACUUUCUUUGAAAUGCGUCUGGAUGAUGUAUGCAUUAGGCCUGAGGACCCGGAUGAGGAUUUGGCCGCCUUAGCCAGUUUUUCGAGAUGGAUUUAGAGGAUGCAAUUAAAUUCUUACCUGGUGAUAGGGGAGAUUCAUGGUCAGAGUAGUGUCCUUCCUCCAUGAUAAGUAGAGUAGGCCAGUAGGGGUUCCUUCUUUGCCAGGAAUGUCAUCUCUAGAGAACAAUUUAGAGGGUGGGAAAUAGGGAACAAUUUGAAGGUUGUUAUGUGUUGGAUUUGAAUCCAGGGGAAAUUUCUGGGGCAGUUAUGGGUUCUUCAACACAGAUUUCGGUUGGAUUAGUAACUAUGUUGGGAGGAUUGUUUGUUUGGGUGAUGUGUUGGGUGUGUGUAGUGGCAGUGAAGUUUUCUGGGGGUUGGAUAAUAGGUUGGGUGUGGGUAGGGGCACAAAGGCUUUCUGGGGGUAGAUUUCCUGGUGGAAGGGGAGAUGGGGACGAGGAAGAUUGAGGAUCGGAAGGUAUGGAUACUACUAUACUAGUGGUGGACCUGGUUCGGGCCGCCCGGCCCAAGACCGGCCCGGCCCGUUACUGUGCGGGCCCGGAACCGGCCCGGUUCUCGGGUCCGGGUCCGGUUCGGGCACCGAACCGGUGGGGGUGGCGGGUCUGGGCUCGGGUGUUGUUUUUGGCGGCCCGGCCGGGUUGGGCCCGGGCCUAAUGGUCCAUUUUUUUAAAAAAAAAAAUCCUUUUAAAUUAAAAAAGCCUUUUGACCACUUGACCCACUUCCCAAAUGGCUAUAUAGCCGUUGGGUGGGUACCGGG